GACGACGAUCAGAGGCAGAGGAUGAGCAACCGGCCGGCCGCCGAUACAAAACAAACCUCCGCGUUGAUUCGCACACCGAGAAUUUCGCAGUGAAUUCGGACGAACUUAAUUAUGGUCCGACAAAAUCUAACACUUAUCGGAGUGCAUCCCGGGUGAGACACCAAAACGAAACAAUUUGUUUCGUCCGACAUCGAUUAUCGUCCAGGGAGAUCCAGGGAGCCUAUUCCCUCUCACAUUCCGGAACUCUCGUGUAUCGCGCGUUCCAACAUGCCUGGUAUUAGUGAAAGGCCAGGCGUUUCGGUAGAACACACAUGGCCCCAGUGAAUCGAGUACAUUGGGCUGACAGUACCGCACAUCGUUAGGCCGACCCGGACCGGCCGUCAGCGAAACUAACCAAGCAGAUUCAAACGGAGAAAUUUCAAUUCGGUGAUGGUGUGUCUGACAAGUGAAAAUAUGGUUAUUUGAAACUGUGCCCGGCCACUUGUCCUGUCCGGGGUGCGAUGAAGUGUGUUUCAGUUGAGCAUAAAGUGUACUGUGACAUGUGUAGUGAGUUUAGCCGGGAACGGGUUCUGAGUUAUAAUUCUUCCGUCCCAGCGAAACUAUCCGGGCAACCUUACUUCGUAACAAUGAGCACCUUUUUUGAUUUAUUUGAUCCAACCGCUUGUUCCUCCUCGACGGGUGGAUGCGAUCUCAGCGAUAACAUAAACAACAACCGCAAUGAGGACGAUGACAACGAUGACGACGACGAUGAGAUGCUUCUGUCGUACGAGGAGUUUGUACUGAAAAACAAAAGCAAACAAUCGGUGCCGAUUCCGAACCGGGUGCUAGACCAUCAUCAGCAGUUUGUUCAGCCAAACUCACCAACAUUGGCACUGAUCGAUUUCGAUCUGGACAUUCUACCUCCGGAGCCCCAGCUGGGCAAUAUCGAAUAUAAGCUGAAAUUAAUCAAUCCCUCCAAGCAGCGAUUCGAGCACCUGGUGACCCAGAUGAAGUGGCGUCUGCGGGAGGGCAACGGUGAAGCGAUCUACGAAAUCGGUGUGUCCGAUUCGGGGCAACUGCACGGACUCAGUGAAAGCGACAUGAACUGCUCGCUACACACACUGAACCAAAUGGCACGGAAGUUGGAUGCUUCGACUUCGGUGCUUCGACGAAAGUCCCUCAAAGCUGGCCGAUCCGUAGUCGAAGUGUUGGUUCGAAAAAUUCCCGAUGAUCAACACAACAUUGAAGUGCGGGUUGCCGUUCUCGGAGGAGCCGAUGCCGGCAAGUCGACGCUGCUGGGAGUUCUGACACAGGGCGAAUAUGACAAUGGACGGGGUCGGGCCCGUCUCAACAUGUUUCGUCAUAUGCACGAAAUCCAAACCGGGCGAACAUCGUGCAUUUCCCACGAAACAUUGGGUUUCGACCAACAGGGCAAUGUAAUUAACUACAAAUACAACGAGAUGAUGACGGCCGAAGAGAUAAGCGACCGUUCGACGAAGCUUGUGACAUUUAUGGACCUAGCGGGGCACCGUCGGUACAUCAAAACGACGGUUUUGGCACUGACCGGAUAUUCACCGCAUCACGCACUUAUCGUAGUGGCCGCCGGAAGCAAUAUCAGCAACAUGACGCACGAACAUUUGGCCAUCGUGCACGCUCUGGAUAUGCCGUUUUCGAUAGUGGUCACCAAACUGGAUCUGGUUCCACCGGACGAAAUGCUGUUCGAAUUGAAACACUUGCUUACUUCCGUGGGCUACCGCAAAGUGCCAUACCUGAUCGUGAACGAGGAUGACGUGCUGAACGCGAAUGCACACCAAAAUGUGGAACAGAUUGUGCCGAUCUUUUGUGUUUCGAAUGUUACGGGCGAUGGGAUGGAACUGUUGACGAAGUAUCUUUACGUGCUAUCGCCCGGAAUCAGCAAUUCUGAAAAGGAGAGACUAAAACAGGAACCGAUCGAAUUUCAGAUCGAUGAAAUUUUCAAAGUUGCCGAAGUCGGCCCGGUGGUCGGUGGCUUACUGUCGAAAGGAGUGCUGAUGGAAAAGGUUCAGGUUCGCAUUGGACCCCUACAGGACGGGACAUUCUACCCUGUGACAGUUCAAACAAUUCACCGAAACAAAGCACCCUGUCGAGUGGUUCGUGCCGGUCAAAGUGCAUCGCUUUCCUUCUAUCCCAGUGACGAUUUGCCACCGCUACGCAGUGGUAUGGUGAUACUGCCCGGCUAUGAGGAAGAUGACAGUGCCUAUGGCUCCUACUUCUUCCAGGCACGCGUCUCCGUCCUGUUCCAUGCUACCCGGAUCUACAAGGGCUUUCAGACUACGGUGCACAUCGGAAGCAUACGGCAAACGGCCAUCAUCGAAGGGAUUAUGGGAGUGGGAACGAACGGAAUAUCCACCAAUCAGACUGCCUCAGUGCUGUUCCGAUUCGUACGUCAUCCUGAGUAUGUUCGGCCAGGUAUGCGGAUAUUGUUCCGCGAGGGUAUUAGCAAAGGUAUUGGGAAAGUGACGCAAGUUUUUCCGCUUAAUGAAAAGAUGAAAUAAGUUUAUUUUUUGUUUGUUUGUUUGACUACGUUGCCGGAAACGUAUGAUGAAAAGUCAAAAUUUGACGAUUUUUUUUUUUUUUGAAAGUUUCCUGCUACUCCGCCUGUACAUAAAGACUAAAACAAAACCUGUGAUUUCGUUAUAUUUAGUAGUGGAUAGAGCUUUGACUUCCUUUUUCAGUACUUCAGAACGUUCGCGUUUUUUUUUUUUCAAUAUAUACCAGUAUGCGUGUACAUGAUUUUAAACUUUAAAAAAUACUUGAAAUCGAAUAUCGUUAAACAUUUGUCAUCAAGGACUCUUCUAAGUGUGUGUGAAUCCUUUUAUGAAUCAAUGAAUAAAAUGAUAACAAAACAUAA